GAGUUGCUGUGUUCUGGGGUUGGGGAGGGUUUUCCUUCCUAAACCGUGUCUUAUCGUACCGGGUGGACAGCAGUGCCCUUUGACUUACAUCAUCUAGCUAUCUCUACUACCCUCUACCAGCCGCAGCUCCGAGGGCUGGAGGUAGAAAACCGUACAAAGCGACCACAGGAAUGCGUGCCAGCCCAUCCUCCACCCAGCUGGUCGAGGAAUAUUCUGACUGUUAUUCACCUGGCUGUUAAGGCUGACAGGACAUUGUAGCUGGCUCCAUCCCUGAGGCUACGUGGACGCCCUUCCUGGGAGCACAUACCCGGUGUCCUCCGGGGAGCAGUGGAGCCAGCUUGAGGACUCACUGAUCAUGACUUCUAUCAAGGAGCAGGCGGCAAUUAGCCGGCUCUUGAGGUUUUUACAGGAUUGGGACAAUGCUGGCAAAGUCGCAAGGAGUCACAUCCUCAACAAUUUCAUUGAAACCAACCAAGGCAAGACUGCCCCUGAGCUGGAACAGGAGUUUUCCCAGGGAGCCAGCUUGUUCCUGGUCCGCUUGACCACCUGGCUUAGACUCACCUACAUGACUGGCUCAUGUUUAGAUAAGCUGCUCAGGUCCAUUGGCAUCUUCUUAUCAGCUGUAAGCAGUAAUCGAUAUCUCAUAGAAUUUCUUGAGGUUGGAGGGGCCCUAACACUCUUGGAAAUACUUGCACUGAAGGAGAUCGAGGAGGAGGACAAGAAGGAAGCCAUCAAGCUACUUCAGGUUAUCGCAAACUCUGGCAGAAAGUACAAGGAGCUCAUCUGUGAAAGCUAUGGUGUACGAUCCAUAGCAGAAUUCUUGGCAAAGUCUAAGUCAGAAGAGACCCAGGAAGAAGUGCAAGUUCUGUUGGAUUCUUUGAUCCACAGUAAUCCCAAGUACCAGAAUCAAGUGUACAAAGGUCUAAUAGCUUUGCUGCCCUGUGCGUCCCCGAAAGCUCAGCAGCUGUCCCUGCAGACUCUCAGGACUGCCCAGUCGAUCAUCGGGACAACACACCCCGGCAUUGUGGACAGCGUGCUGAAGGUGCUACGCACUAUGCACCUGGAAGUCCAGUAUGAAGCCAUCGAGCUGAUCAAGGACCUGGUCAACUACGACGUGUGCCCGGCGCUGCUCAAGGGCCUCGUGGCGCUGCUGAAACCGUCCUUCAAGGAGACCAGCAAACAGCAGUCCCAGAUCGUCAGCGGUAGGGAUCCGCUGGGAUCGGGGUGGUGGACCCCGACGGGGCAGGGUGGAAGACGAGGACGAGGGGUCCUCCAGCCUCACGGCCACUCCUCCCUUUUCCAGACUCUUCGGUUCUGCAGCUCACCGCCCACCUGCCGUGGCUCUUGCAGCAGGCCGCGGCCGCCAAGGCCAUCGGGUAAGCGGGCAGCAGGUAGUGGGCGGAUGCGGCAAGCCAGGCCCCGGCGCUGCCCGCGGGCCCCCAAGAGCGCUCCGGCCGCCGGAGGGUCCCACGGGGCCGCCGCAGCACGAAUCCCACCCCCACCCCACGCCACCCACGCCCAGGAUCCUGGCGCGAGGCAACGCGAGCGUGGCCGAGGAGAUGCUACACCUGCGCGUGGUGCACAGCCUCAUGGCCGCCAUGGGCAACAUGGACCACAGCAACAGCCAGCGGCAGGCCAGCCUCACGCUAGAGGUGCGCUGGGCGGCCGGGCGGCGGGCGGCGCGGCGGCGCGGCGGACACAGCGCGUGGGCACGUCAGCCACGCCCCCUCGCCCGCCCACGCAGUACUUUGUGCAGUUAUUCCCAGUGGUGGAGGAGCACGUGCGCAGGUCCAUGGGGGAGGAACUCUACAAGCUCUUCCGUCGCAACGCCGAGGACUUGUACAGGAAAAUAGAUAGCAUUCAGGCGGACAUCUUGGCGGCCAACGAAGUCAAUGUCACCAAAGAGCUGUAUCUCAGUGGCCUCUCCGACAGCACCAUGAGCUUUUACUUUGGCCAUUGUAAUCAGGGUCAGGUGGCCUACAUCACACACUUCCAGAGGGAGGCUGUGGGAGAAAAGGAGCAACAGAGCCUCCAAGGCAAGCCAGGAAGCCCAGGCUGUGUGGUAGGGAAGCCUGGCAGGAGGAAGGAGCCAGGGCCAAGCUCCGGUUGACUCUCCUUGGCCCUUGGUGGGAGGCUGGGGAUCUGCCCGCCAGAAGGGGAAAAGGAGAGCUGGCUGGGAAGGGUUCAAUAAACAAACGGUCUUGCUAUCUAUCUGGUGUCCGUGUGUGGAGGGCAGAGGGAGAUCUAGUGAGAGUUAUGAUGACGGGUCGGGGUGCCUCUGCUCACCAAGGAAAAACGCUGGUCUGAGGGGAAGGACCACCAACGUCGUAGAAGAUUCAAGGGCACAGCCUGAGGAGCGCGGGCCUUACCUCAGCUCCCUGCUGGCCCCUGCGCUCUCCCCUCCAGGACACCACACCCACCUGGUAUUUCUCCUGCCUCUCCGGUUGCUUCCUUUCAUUCUCUUUUGCUGAUUCCUCCUCUUCAACCCAGCUUCCUUCAAGGUGGAGUGAGGCAGGACUCUGACCUGGAGCCUCUUCCCUACCUUUACAUCCUGGUGAUUCCAUUGCUUUAAAUACCACUUCUGUGCAACGACUCCCACGUUUCUAUUUCCAGCUAAACAUUUCUACCUCAUGGUGUUGUCGACGAAAAAUUUAAUCAGUCGAUCUAAGAAAGCAAUGGAAAAUUUUAUUCGAGCCAAAUUGCGGCGUAUAUCAGCCGGGAACAGCCUCUCGGAAAGCUCCAAGAACUGUUCUGCCUGUGAGAGGUCAAAGCACAGUUAUCCAGGGCUUUGUACGUUAAAUGACGUACACAGUGACGUUGACACAAUCCACAUCGACACCUACAAAGCAAGUAAUGGGUCAUGGGUCAUCAGGGCCCCUUACAAGAUCAAGGAGGAAGGUUAUCUCCUAAGGAGUUAUCUUGUUGAUACUAGGAGAAGGUUGCUCUUUACAGUUGACCAGGUAUUUCUGCCGACGGGGAGGUGGUUCGAUGCAUGGUGCAGAUACGCAAUGCACAGUAGAGGGGAGAGAGGAGGCCAAAGGGCAGAGAAAAUUAUUUAUGUUCAAAUUUUCCUUGACUCGCUUUAGAAUAUGGAUUUGUAUUUCAUCAGUGUCCAAAGCUGAACUCCCAGUCCUGUGCCAUCUUCCCCAACUCAACUGAUGGCAACUCAUCCCUCCUGCCACUCAGAACAAAAUCGUGGUGUUCUCCUUGAUGUCUCUCUUUAACCUCUGGAUCCAUCCUGUCUGUUGACUCUACCUUCCAAAUAUAUCCAGGAUCCAACUAUGUCUCACUACCUCCAUUGCUGAUACUCGGGUCCAAGCCACCAUCAUCUCUCCUCUAGAUGACUCUGCUCUCUGCCCCAUUCUCUUUGUCAGCACAGCAGCCACAGUGGUCCUUGUAAACUUCAGAUUCUGUCACUCUGCUCAGAACCUUGCAGGGCUCUCCAUUUCACUGAGUAAAGCCCAAGCCCGUGCUGUUACGGCCUCCAGGGUGAUCUAGGCUCCCAUGACUUCUGAACUCUCUCCUACUUCUCUCUCUCUUCUUCACUGGGCACCAGACACAUUGGCUGUGUGGUUCUUGAAGUUGACAAAACAAGCUCCCGCUUUAGGGCUUUUGUGCAGACUUUUCUGCUGAACACUUGAGAGAGGUCCUCUUCCUAGAACCCUCACCCCAGGUGUCUGCAUGGCUAACUCCAUGACCUCCUUUCAACUCUUUACACAAAAGGUAUCUUCUCAGGACUUACCUGGUGGUGCAGUGGAUAAG